AUGCGUCUCCACCUCGUCAUACAGCGGCAUGGCCUUCCUACAACCCGUGUCCUCUGGACAACUUCCUCGCCCAGCUCUGCGUCCACCAGAGCCAAUUCUGCUGUCUCAUCCUUCGCCACGGUAUCAUCUUGUACAAUUACGUCGACGCGGGCUCCAAAUGCUGGGUUUGGAUCUGGCGCAUCAGCAGCGGCUUCGGGGAGCGGGGGGUUGACAAUCGCACAGUUGCUGGAAGAUGUGAAUGAGGUUAUUCCACUUGAGACGCAAGUUGAGGAAGAUAGUGGGAGUGGUGGUGGCAUUGGUGGUGGUGCUGGGCAAUGGGGACUGGAGGAUUAUGCGGUGGAAGUUAUGGGGUUUGAGUGUUUACAUUUUAUGGAGGUGGAUGGGCUGUUGAGGGAUGGGGAUGAAGUUGUAAUACGCGCAUUACAACUUGGUGAUCUCAUGGCCAGGAGACUUACGGGCCGCCAUCAGAUCACUAUUGAUGGGAAGCAUUUGAUCGACGGUGUUCCGUUCGGGAAACCUUAUAUUCAAAAAGCAGUGUCGUCAAGGCCACCUAUUACAAUUCCACCUCGGAAGAAGAGGCGAUUGAACUUUGGCGGAUGGCGGGUUGAUGACGCUCUUGCAAGAGAUUUUAAUCUUGAAGACGAAGAUGAUGAAGAGAACGACCCAGACUGGAAAGAAGAAACCGAUGGAGCUGGGAAAGAGCUUGUUCUUAGGGCAGGGGAUGAAGACGACGACGAGGACGAUGAAGAGGACGACGAUUAUGAAUAUCAAACCGAGAGCGAUGAAUCUGCUGUUACCCCGUCUGAGGAAGCCAUAAUGUUCCACGAGAAACGGAGCAAGGAACUACCUAUAGCAAAAGGGGCCGGUUCAUCAGCCCCCACCCCCGACUCGAAAACGCGAGCUACGAGGCAACAGAAGCAAAAAGCACAAGCUGAUAUAUGCGUUGGAGAGCGCAAAAUUCACGGGAUCUUGCUUCAGAAGGCGCGGACAUCCUGUCCGUCUUCGCUAAAGCGCAGUCUUGGCGUAAGCUUUGAGGAUCAGCGACAAUCUGAUUCCGAGGGGUCAACAUCCUCCGAUGCAAAAUCGGCGAGCGACGAGGAUGAAACAAGCUCCGUCUCUUCCAGUGGUUCCAUCUCGAGUGAAGCAUCUUCGGAAGCAUCUUCAAGCUCCAGUGGUAGUUCAUCAGUUUCAGAAUCAAAAGAUAUCAAUAUUUCUACUACCAGUGCCAAACAACAAGCGACAACAUCUUUGACGGAAAAUGGCCCGCAGACCUCCGUCGCUACCCCACAGCCAAUUGUCCAUCCUCCUGGUACCGGUUCUCGACGAACGAAGAAUACCAACAGGAGAAACAAGUUACGAAGAAGACUUGAGAAACUGAAGGAGCUCGGAAUCCUUCACAAAGAUGCUAAUUUCGCCGAUCUGCGCAAAUGGUGCGAGGCUAACCCUGGCCCGUUUCCGGGGAUGUCAGGUGAAGAGAUCUCAGAAAGUCAGGUGAAAGGCAACGAUGAACAGGCGGAGUUUGAAAGGAAGCGUGCACAGCUACUACGGGAUAUAGCGAAAGGGGGUGUUGAUGUGACCCCGCAGCCUACCAAGAACGCUAAUAAAUUGAGUCCUCUUGAAUCGAUGUCAACCACACCGAUAAAUGGCGCCAACGGUGCUUUCGGGACAGCUACAGAAUCAUCUAAGAGACAGUCAAAACUAGAUGUUCCUAGCUCGCAGCGCCUUGUAUUUGGCUCUCUAGGUUUGAAAACCCCAAAAACAAAGGAGGGUGAGAAGGCACUGCGAGAGACGCUGAGCAAUCAUGUACGUCAGCCGAAACCACAGUCAAAAUUAUCCUCAGUUGAAGAAAUUGAUAAAUCUACGGAAGCGAAGAUCGAUUCGAUUGAAAACUGGGAAGAUCGACUCAUCCUUCAAGCUACGGAAUGUCUUUACGAUGAUGUAGAGUUGUCCACGCCGCCCUUCCCUUUCGUACAACGAUGGGAUAAGGAUGCGCAGGCGAAAAUCCGCGAAAUUAAAGGAAACCAACAAGCUAGUGGCAAGAAGCGAAAGCGGAAAUCUCGAAAUCGCCAAGAAGCCGAUUAUUAUGACCAAGAGUGGUGCAAUGGAGACGCGAGUUUUUCAAAUGGAAAUCAGCUAGAUUAUGGGAAUGAUUGGGCUGACGAACAUUACAACUCAGCUCAGUCUCUUAAUGGGGUCGGCCGUAAUGUGACUAGCGCAGAGGCGACUUCAGCAGAUAAGAGUGCGUCUACAGAUGAUCUUCCAGGCUUACCGGACGAUAUGUCUAUUCUGAAAGAUGCACGGGACGCUGAUAUGAAGCCUGGAACGAUCGUCGCCUUUAAGCAGCUGGACAUGUCUAAAGCUACAAACUGGCAACCGCUGGUGUCUAAAUAUCGUACUGCCGUUAUCGAAGAUGUUACGGAUGGGAUUUUAACACUGCGGCUUGCGCGGCGCGAUAGACAGCAACCUCGAGACGACCAUGGCGAUGACGAUGAUGGGGUGACGCGAUAUACCAUGUUUGAGAUGCCUGGUUACGAUGAAUGGAAAGGAGAAGAUGAUGGAUUUAGGGAAAUGCAAUUUGGAGAGCUCAUAGAACCGAAAUUGCUCUCCAUCGGAUCUACUGAUGGUUCAGUAGAGGUGGUUGAGGAGACACAGCACCACCUUCCUAUUGAACUUCCGCCCCCGAUUCCCGAAGUCGCCACUGUUUCGUCGCCGACACGACACGAAAUUUCGGCAAUGAUUCGAGAGGCCGGGUUUAGGUCAGGGUUUGAUUCAGAUUUUCUUCCUCCCGAAGAGCUAUUGUUCAACGUCCAGGACUCGAGGACUUACAAUGACGCAACCAUCGAGAACAAGGGGGUCACGGAUUGUGCUAGUCCGACCGUUCAAUCCCCUACCUUUGCCGGCUUUGUCUCGAGCCCACCACCUAACCCCUCAACGCAUCUUCGCAAAGAUCACCAGCCCCAACCCGCCCCUUCAGCAAACCGCUCUCCGCGGGGUACGCCUGAAAAGCAGAUCGUCACGGAGGUGCCCAGCUCCCCUACUUGGCUACAAGAUCCUACAUCGGAUCCCUCUUCCCACAAGCCUAGCUCCCAUCAUCAGAAAUUGUCAGAUUUAUCUGGCCAUCAGCUUCAGUAUCUCGAACCCGAUGAUGCAUUGGCCAAGGAUUCUAUGGCUUCUAACAAGGACCUAACAACCACCUCACAGCAUGAACCGUCUAUUGAGGAGACGUGUAUCGAUACCGGAUUGGACGCUGGAAUAAAGUCAGUCGAUGACGCUCCAAUGGAUGAUUGUGCACAACAUGUUCAGCCGAUGCCCCUUGGCUCCGAUGCCAUUUACAACUCUUCACCGCCAUUGUUUCAGCUCGAUCAGACGACUAUAGAUCAAGACGAGUCCCAGCUUUCAUUACUCCCUUCCGCUGUCGAAGAUAGCCAGCCAGCUGCACACCACCCUGGUUCAAGUGGAUCUGUAAUCCCCAAUCCUUUCUACGAACCUGAUAGGAACCUUCCAAGUGUAUCACCGCCCAUGGCACGAUUCGUUUCUACAGCCCCACCCCGCACAACAACAGCUGCGGAAAAUUCGCCGUCCACGUCUGUAACUAGAAGAAGCAGGCGAAAAAUCCUUUCAUCUCCGCGCCAGGUAUCAUCUUCACCCCGCCGGAAACCCCAGCGCUAUGACGACAGUUUGGAUCUCCCAGCCAUAACCGAGGCUGACAAGGAGUCAACGCAGCACUCUGAAUAUGUUACCAAUCAAGACGUGUCGCAGAAGAGCAGUAGUUCUAUUGUAGAUUUAACAAUAUCUAGCGAGCCCGAGUCGCCUAGGAAUUCCGACAGAGAUUUUGCCGCGUCUCACGGACUUCCGCAGGGUCCUAGGUGGGUUAAGAAACGGAUUGUUAGAGGCCGGCGGCCACGCAGGACAGAAGCGCCUUCUGUUCAGACGCAGAGGAGAGGUUUGCGGAAGAGAAGUGUGGUAUAG